GGUAUUUACGCUCUGGAGGUUCAGAUGUCCGAGGAUCACCUGAACGCAGCGCAGCCUCUGGUUCUGAGCGGAGCGCAGAGAGAAGCUCGGUGCUGCGACAUCUGACUCCAUAUAUCUCAGCAUGGACAGUCCUCUGGAGGCAGCUGCUGACUCCUCAGCACGCAGCUUCUCCCAGGUGCUGUUCCCGGACAUCCCUCAGUCCUACCGGCUCUCAGCCCCCAUCACCUGCCGCUACAGCCUCACUGCCGCCUUCCAGCCCAGCACCAGGGACUGGGUGGGCAUCUUUAAGGUUGGGUGGAGCACCACUAAGGAUUAUCAUACCUUCGUCUGGGUGGAGACCACCGUGGAUGCAGAGCAACAUUCUCUGACCAGACAGGUUGUUUUCAAGGAAUACUACCUGCCUAAAGACGAGGUGGAGUUUUACCAGUUCUGCUACGUGGACGGUGCCGGUCAGGUGCGAGGAGCCAGCACUCCUUUCUGCUUCAGGAAUCCAGCAGAGCAAAUCAUGGAGAACAGUCCGGACGAAGAGCUGCUGGUCAUCACAACGCAGGAACAGGUCGAACAGAGCGUCCGCGAGAAAGCCGAACUGCAGAAUAAGCUCGAUCUGAUGCAAGCCGAACACGAAACCGUGAAAAGUGCCUUACAGAAGGAGCAGCAAGAAGCCGCUAACCUCAAGGAGCAGAACGAACAGAGAGAGAAAGAAAGAAGCGACCUGGUCAAAGAGUUGGAUCAAGUCAAACAGCAAAAUGAAAACCUCAAAAGCACUUUAGAGCAGCAGCAGAAAGAAAACCAAAACUUGAAGGAGGAGAUGUUGGUCCAGAUGACCAACCAGGUGGAGAUUCAGCAACACAAGACUCAAAGCCUGAGUUUAGACGGCGCUGCGAGAACAAAUGAGGGGAAAUACGACCGAGCCAUGAUGAAGAUCAACCAGCUGAAAGAGGAGCGAGAGGAGCUGAGGGGGAAGAUCGACGUCCAGAGUGAGGAGAUUUCCAAGCUGAACGCCAAACUCAGAGAAGGAGAACGAGAACUGUUCAUAACAAAAGACAGAAUCCAGCUUCUACAGGUUGACCUUCAGAGCAGCGAGAAGGAGAAGGACAGACUCGCUGCAGAGCUGCAAAGGUUGCAAAGCCUCACACAGAACAUGGACGAAGUGAAGAGAGAGAACCAGGAGCUGUGCAGGAGGCUGUCGCAGCAGGACACGCCGCAGAACGCUCCGGAGGACGAGCUGAAGGUGCGCUGCCAGACUCUCUCCAAGCAGCUUCAGGAUGCUCAGGGGAAGCUGGCGGCUGAGAAGGAGGAGUCGAAGAACACCAAGAGACGGGCCGAGUUUCUGGAGAAAGAGAUGCAAGAAGUGAAGCAGCAGCUGAACAAUCUGAUCCCGUUGUACGAGCAGGAACAACGGAAAAGCAGCAAGUUUGAGCUCCAAAUGACAGAGAUGACGGAAAUGAUGGCCGAUAAGGACAUCGCCUCAGAUGAGAAGGAACAAGUGAUCCGGCUGGUGAAACAGGAGCAGGAAGAGCUGGAGAGAGAAAACCAGAAACUCCGAGGUGACAUCGAGAGGCUGCGUAGAGCUUAUACCGACCUCCAGGCAGGUUCUGGAGACUUGGCGUUGGUUCAGCCUGGCCGGAUUUCACCGGUCGGCGACGCUUCAGCAGCUCCAGACCAGCAGGAGACGCCUGAACAGAGCGAGCAGCUGUACGAGAUGAUGGCUGGUAUUGCAGUACAACAACAACAAGAGGAGGAGGAGGAGCAGGUUCUGGUGUGUCGUCACUGCCAGGAGAGCUUCCCCGGCAUCACCCAAAGCGAACUGGAGCAGCACGAGCAGAGCCACCGGGUGUGUCCCUUCUGCACCAUGAUCUGCGACGGCAUGGAGCAGUCGGUGUUCGAAGACCACGUCUACGGCCACGAGCUGUGAAAGCGGCGCUGCGGGGUCUGCAAACGUCUUAGAACAAGCAUCAAGGACCAUUUUACUCGUUUACGGCAAAUCACACACUGAACACCGACCGAUUUCCAAAUCGUUUUAGCUCCAAGCGUCUCAUCGCUCGAGCCUGCAGAGACCUGAAACCCGCCUGCGACAUUUAAUCCAUCACAGCGAGUGAAGUGUCCUCAUUUAUUUUUGGUCAAACGUUUAUCUCAUCGCUGCACGGUAGUAAAUUUAAGAUUUGUUUUGAAAGCUCUGCAGUGUGUGCUGGGUGUCAGGUGGCAUUUUCUGCUAUGAUACCCCACAAUAUGAAAAGCAUUUAUCUAUACGUUUGAGAAAAUAGGUUGUCAAAGCAGCCGUAUUUUCAAUAAGCAAGUGUAAAAUUGGCACAAAUCCAGCCAAGAAAUCAAAGUUUUGUUUACAUUAUCCAGUACACACAUUUAUUUCUUGUUCUGCCUUCUUCUGAGUGUCUUAAUCAGCUUGUAUCAGGGAUUAUAUUAAUCUCAAUCCAAAAAAAUCUUGACUUUUCUAACAUGAGGUUUGUUUUGUUUGCCAAUGUUUUAGUAAGACGAAGAUAGUUUGUCAGUUCUUUAACUAAGUUUUCUCCCUGGCAGGUAGCAACCUAGAUACAUCGGUGAGUAGAGCUCACUUUUCACUUUGUUUUGAGGGGGAAAAAAAUGGCAAAAUUCUUAUCUAAAUUACACACUAUUGGAUCAGUAAAUAAGUAAACAAUAAGGUUAGCAAUCUGGAUUUUAGUGCGACAGACUUUGACCCUGAACCCCGCAAAGAAUUUAACAGAUAAACAGGUCAAAAGUUAAAAAUUUCAAGCAUCAGCCGAAAAAUCGUGGUUGGCCAAUAUGUUUGUCUGUUCUGAAGCCAAUACAGAUAUAGUUUCAAGUAAUCAAGGAGACCGUAACUUAUAUUUGGAACUGACAUACAUUUGUAAUUAAAAUGAAAAUAGGAGUGUUUAAAUUUUAAAUAACCUUUUUCAAAUACUUACGUUUUACAAGUUAAUUUUAGAGUGAAUCUCUUAACAUUUACCCAUCAGAUUGAUUGGCUAUUAUUUGCAAAAAUGCACCAAUCAGAUUGAGAGAAGUGGCUGCAUCAGUGCCAAAGUCAUGCAUUUAAAAAAAUAUUUUAUCUACAUCAGCCAAUAAAAGGUCAAGGUAAUUCUUAAAAAUGCUAAAUAUUGGCUCUAAUAUUCGAUCACAUUGAUAAUCAGGUCAGCGCUGUGGAAAACAGCAGUAACACACACACAAUUUGCCGUAAACGGGUUAAAACGUGCAAAAGCAGUGAUAUGGUCCUUUAAGGAGGUGAAUCUAUAAGAAUGACACCAUUUACAUUUAAUGUAUUAACCAGUAUUUCUCAUUUACAGUAUAACUUUGUAUUUAGCGUCUCUCAGAGGAAGUUCUGAUCUACUAUAACCAGAUCAGACUGAACUUUAUUUAACCCGGUUCUGAUGAAUGUUGGCUGCAGAAGUGGAUUCAUGUGAAUAAAUAACUGCAUUUAAAUGAAUAAUAAAAAGUCCAACACCA